AUGGAAUGGUGCCAACAGGCUGGCCUCAGCAUGGCGCUGGGCGCUGUCCUGGCUCGAGGCCGGGCAGUGUGUAAACACAACGGGCUCCUCAUCCUGUCAGUGCUGUCUGUCAUCGUGGGCUGCCUCCUUGGCUUCUUCCUCAGGACCCAGCACCUCUCGCCACAGGAGAUUAGCUACUUACAGUUCCCUGGAGAACUCUUAAUGAGGGUGCUGAAGAUGCUGAUCCUCCCACUGGUGGUCUCCAGCCUGAUGUCCGGCCUCGCCUCCCUGGAUGCCAAGACUUCCAGCCGCUUGGGCAUCCUCACUGUGGCAUACUACCUGUGGACCACCUUUCUGGCUGUGGUCGUGGGCAUCAUCAUGGUCUCUGUCAUCCACCCUGGUGGUGCAGCGCAGAAGGAGACGACCGAACAGAGCGGGAAGCCAGUCAUGAGCUCAGCCGAUGCCCUCCUGGACCUCGUCCGGAACAUGUUCCCAGCCAACCUGGUAGAAGCCACAUUCAAACAGUACCGCACCAAGACCACCCCAGUUAUCAAGUCUCCUAGUGGGGCUUCAGAGGAGGCCCCUCCUCGGCGGAUCCUCAUCUACGGGGUCCACGAAGACAAUGGGUCACGUGUGCAGAACUUUGCCCUGGACCUGACACCGCCACCUGAGAUUGUCUACAAGUCAGAGCCUGGCACCAGUGACGGCAUGAAUGUGCUGGGCAUUGUCAUCUUCUCAGCCACCAUGGGCAUCAUGCUGGGCCGCAUGGGUGACAGCGGGACCCCGCUGGUCAGCUUCUGUCAGUGCCUUAAUGAGUCCGUCAUGAAGAUCGUGGCCGUGGCGGGAUGGUACUUCCCCUUUGGCAUUGUGUUCCUGAUCGCUGGCAAGAUCCUGGAGAUGGACGACCCCAAGGCGGUGGGGAAAAAGCUGGGCUUCUACGCCGUGACCGUGGUGUGCGGGCUGGUGGUCCACGGCCUCCUCAUCCUGCCCCUGCUUUACUUCCUCAUCACCAGGAAGAACCCCAUCGUCUUCAUUCGUGGAGUCCUCCAGGCGCUGCUCAUUGCAUUGGCCACCUCCUCCAGCUCAGCCACACUGCCCAUCACCUUCAAGUGCCUGCUGGAGAACAACCACAUCGACCGACGCAUCGCUCGCUUUGUGCUGCCUGUGGGUGCCACCAUCAACAUGGACGGCACCGCGCUCUACGAGGCCGUGGCCGCCAUCUUUAUUGCCCAGGUCAACAACUACGAGCUAGACUUUGGCCAGAUCAUCACCAUCAGCAUCACGGCCACUGCAGCCAGCAUUGGGGCGGCUGGCAUCCCACAGGCGGGACUCGUCACCAUGGUCAUUGUGCUUACCUCCGUGGGCUUGCCCACUGAUGACAUCAACCUCAUCAUCGCUGUUGACUGGGCUCUGGACCGCUUCCGGACCAUGAUUAACGUGCUGGGUGAUGCACUGGCGGCAGGGAUCAUGGCCCACAUUUGCCGGAAGGAUUUUGCUCAGGACAUGGGUACUGAGAAACUGCUGCCCUGUGAGACCAAGCCAGUGACGCUGCAGGAGAUCGUGGCCGCCCAGCAGAAUGGCUGUGUGAAGAGCGUGGCUGAGGCCUCGGAGCUAACCCUCGGCCCCAUGUGCCCUCACCACAUCCCAGUCCAGGCAGAGCAGGACGAGGAGCCAGCCACUGCCAGCCUAGACCACUGCACCAUCGAGAUCAGUGAGCUAGAGACCAAUGUGUGAGCCUGCAGGGCCGCCGAGCCAAGCCAGACCCUGGGGUUGGCGGAGGGUAGGAGCUGAACUCAAAAUACACCUGAAUGGCUGGCAAAAGCCCAGCUCCCAAGUUCCACCCUGACAGGCUAGUCAGCCACUGAUGAGAAACAGUGUCUCAGAAAAGAGACAGCUGUGUGCAGGAGCCCCAGCCAGCAACUGUGACUCCUGUUGCCCGAGACCUAGCUGUGACAGUUUCUACUAUGUGAACUCACAAAAGCACCAGCUGGGGUCUUUCUCUCCACUUCAUGGAGGAACCGUUUUGGGGCCUAAGAGCUAAAACCACUCCCUGAAAGUCAGGGCCAGAAUGUUAACUCAAGUCUUUAGAGCCUCGGCCACUCCCGUCUGGUGGACAAGGCAGCCUGCAAGGCUGUGAAAACGGCUCUGAGUUUUCCAGGGUCCUUAUAGCCACAACUGCUUCCAAGGAGCAGAGAUAAGACAGCAGUAUCCCUAUUUCUGCCCACGCUGUGUCCAGGCUAAGUCAACCCUGCUCCACCCCACAGCAUGUAGUUCUUAACCCAACACUCCCAACAAGGGCUUAGCCCAUACCAGGGCUGAGACCUGCUGCCUUCACAUGCCAUGGCUGGUCCAUUCCUGUCCACCAGACCUCUCAGCUGAUAUGGAGACUGAUGUCCACUAGGGAUGGAAGACCGCAUGGGUACAUCCCAGGUAGCCUCCCAUGGGGCAGGUGGGUAAGAUGGGGCCA